AUGAGAGCUCUCGCCUCGCCCGCCGCCUCCUUCCUCCCGGGGAUCUCGAGCCCCAGCCCUCGCGCGCGCGCGCUCCCGUUCCGCGCUCUCGCGGGCCGGGCGCUCCGUCGCCGCCGCGGCCGCGGCCGCCACAGGGGACCACUGGGGCGCCGACCACCAGCACUACCACGGAGGACGCGCGGGCGCGUCGGAGGCCGGGCCCCCCGCGUCGGCGCGCGGCGUGAAGUCAUCACCGACUACGAGCGCCUCGCCGACUUCAUCCCCAACCUCGUCCAGAGUGGGACGAUUCCAUGCCCGCAUGAAGGGCGGAUAUGGCUUGAGCAGAGAGGCCUGCAGCAAGCGUUGUACUGGCACAUUGAGGCGCGCGUCGUGUUGGAUCUCCAGGAAAUCCAUGACUCCAUCAAUGGGCGAGAACUCCAUUUCUCGAUGGUAGAUGGUGACUUCAAGAAGUUUGAAGGAAAAUGGUCCAUAAGAUCUGGUCCAAGGUCCUCUAGUGCAGUUUUGCUGUAUGAAGUUAAUGUGAUACCAAGAUUUAACUUCCCGGCUAUAUUUCUUGAAAAGAUUAUAAGGUCAGAUCUUCCUGUAAAUCUUGGUGCCUUGGCUUGUAGAGCUGAAAAGAUUUAUCUGGAAAAUCAAAGUUGUGGUUCGAGAAAAUUCUCUGUUGAGGACUUGAAGCCAUCAUCUACUUCUUCUCAGCUUGAUAAAUUCCAUAGUACGACAGUUGAUACUUCUUCUAGUAAAUUUAAAGAAGCACCUCCCACUUCUGGUGUUAGCAGUGUGCUUCCAUCACCUGCUUCUGAAUUGAUUAGCAAAUGGGGUGUAUAUGGAAACGUAUGCAGAAUUGAUAGGCCUUGCGUGGUAGAUGAGAUCCAUCUUCGAAGAUUUGAUGGCAUGUUGGAACAUGAGGGGGCUCAUAGGUGUGUCUUUGCUAGUAUCACUGUGAAAGCACCAGUUCGAGAGGUAUGGAGUGUUCUCACGGCAUAUGAGAAUUUGCCCGAAUUCGUACCAAACCUGGCUAUCAGUAGGAUUGUUCUUCGUGAUAAUAACAAGGUCCGCAUAAUGCAGGAGGGUUGCAAAGGCCUGCUGUAUAUGGUCCUUCACGCCCGUGUUGUUAUGGAUCUUCGUGAAAAAUUUGAGCAAGAGAUCAGGUUUGAACAAGUUGAGGGUGAUUUUUACUCGUUUAAAGGGAAAUGGCGCUUAGAACAACUUGGGGAUCAGCACACCCUGUUGAAGUACAUGGUUGAGACUAAGAUGCAUAGGGACACCUUUCUCUCUGAGUCUAUCCUUGAAGAGGUCAUAUAUGAAGAUCUUCCAUCAAACUUGUGUGCAAUCCGUGAUUAUAUUGAAAAGGCUGGAACCAAGGGUAGCAACUCCACAGCUCAUUCUGAUUUGUCCAUAGACCCAGAUGCUUAUCAUGCUGAAAGCAGGCAAUCUGAGCAAGCAUCUGUGUCUUGCUCAUCCAGUACCAUGAAGCAGAGACCAAAAGUCCCAGGGUUGCAAAAGGACAUUGAGGUCCUAAAAUCAGAGCUUGAGAAUUUCAUUGCAGAGUAUGAUCAGCCGGUUCCAGAAAAGUUGGGGAUGGAUCCUUCUUAUAUGCCAAGUAGAAAAUCUUUUGAGAGGGCAGGUCGCUACGACAUUGCUCGGGCAUUGGAAAAAUGGGGUGGGGUGCAGGAGGUUUCGCGCCUUCUCUCUCUUAAACUAAGACGUCCUAGAAGGCAAGGCGACUUGGAUGAUGAGAGCCGGUCUGAAUCCCCAUCUGAGAUGGCAAAGAAGCACGGGGUGAAACCUGAUAAAGGCAUUGUUUCCUCAGAUGCACAGAAAUGGCUCCUGAAGCUGAAGGAUUUGGAUGUCAACUGGGUGGAAUACUAG